UUUUGUUGUUUGAAGGAAGUAUGAAUGUAAAUUUUUCAGAAAGUUAAAAAAAGAAAAAAAUAAAUAAAAGAAAGACUCGCGGUUUAGAAUAUUCUGGGACCGGGUUGGUAGUAUUAUAUUUAAUAUUAAUAAUAAACAACUAAUUGUUACUGGUUUUUCAACUUAACCUUUGGGUCUAUAAAAAGGAUAUAUAUAUAUAUAUAUAUAUAUAGACUUUAUUUUGGAGUACAAGGUCAAUGUUCUUAAAACCCUCCUAUUCCUCUGCUUUCUCUUCAUCUUCCAUGUCGGUUUAUGGUAUUCAAGGCCAAAUUCUUGAGGUUACUGUUGUUGGGUGUAACAAGUUGAAGGACACAGAAUGGAUCUCACGCCAAGACCCUUAUGUCUGUCUUGAAUAUGCUAGCACCAAAUUCCGUACAAAAACUUGCACUGAUGGUGGUAAAAAUCCCACAUUCCAAGAGAAGUUCGUUUUUACAUUGAUUGAAGGACUUAGAGAAUUGAACGUUGUAGUUUGGAACAGCAACACCCUCACUUUCGACGACUACAUCGGCAGCGGAAAGGUUCAACUUCAGAAGGUUCUUUCACAAGGUUACGAUGACAGUCCUUGGUCGCUUCAGACUAAAACUGGCAGAUAUGCAGGAGAAGUACGACUCAUAUUGUAUUAUGGAAAUGCAAAUAAAGCAACAACAAGCUAUACUCCAUCAGCACCACCAUAUGUAGCACCACCUACAACGCAGGCUCCUCUGUAUUCUGCACCCCCACCAGCACCUGUACAUUGUUAUCCACCUCCAUCAACUGUGCCUUCUUAUCCACCUCCAUCAACUGUGCCUUCUUAUCCACCUCCAGGAUCUUUGUCUCCUUAUCCACAAGUAUCAUCAGUUUAUCCUCCUCCAUCUACCUAUGCUCCAUACCAACCUAAUUCAGCUGGCUAUUCCCAACCGCUGUACUCUCAACCCCCGGCCGCCUAUCCACCCCCGCCAUACCAGUCGACAACUGCAUAUCCUCCUCCACCGUAUCCACCUCCUCCACAGGCUUCCUCCUACUAUCCACCUGCUCCAGGUCCUUAUCCAGGAAUCUAUCCACCACCACCAUCAUAUUGAGAUUGUGCUUUUUGUACCCCCAACGUCUAAUGCUAGUAAAGAUCAUGUAUAGAUUUUAUGGUCAUGAUUCGGUGAUUCUCCAUCAAGGAUGUUGAUGUUUUGAUAACUUGUUUCUCGGGUUUUUUUUUUUUUUUUUUUUGGUUAAAAUGAUACCCUGUUUCUCUUUUCACCAACUGUUGAUAAAUCAAAUAUCUCAAGCUUUUUUCAAAAAAAAAAAUUGAUAGUUCUUUGUCUGUCCAACAUGGUUUUGAAGGGCAGAGCAUGUGAAGUACGAGUUUUUAGUGAAAACCGUUAUCAAGACUAAGCGGCUAGUGGUGGAUCUUGAAGGCUAUAGACUGUUGCUAAUAGGCAGUUGACCUCUUUAGUCUUUAAGGUACACCAAACCUUGCACUGCCAUUGAUAUGUUUUUACAGAAUUUCUUUUCAGCUUAUAAUGUGCCAAACCAAAAAAAAAAAAAAAAAAACAAA